UGAAACUCUAUUAUAUCUCUCUCUCUCCCUCGGUCUUCAAAAGCCAUGGCGGACUGGAUUCUCUCUCCCAUCGCCCAGAUUAUCAUUGAUCGUUUGGGAUCUGAAGCUGUGAGACAAAUCUCUUCGCUUUGGGGUGUCAACGAUGAGCUUGAUCAACUCAGACAAACCAUUUCAACCAUCCAAGCAGUGCUUCUCGACGCUGAGAAGAAGCAGAGACACAACAACCAAGUUCAGAACUGGCUCCAGAGGCUCAGCGGCGCUGUUGAUGAUGCCGACAACUUGAUGGACCAGAUCAACACUCAAGCUUUGCGACGCCAGGUCAUGUCUGGAAAUCAGAUUUCCAAGCAGAUGUGCACUUUCUUUUCCAGCUCCAACCAAUUUGGUUUUCGGUGCAAGAUUGGUCGUAGAAUAGAGGACAUCAAGAAAAAACUAGAAGCCAUUUCCAAUGAUAAAAACUUCCUUUUGGAGACAGGGCGUGAAGAGGCUCUGAGUGAUAGGAGAGUGAGAGACAACACUCACUCCUAUGUACGUCAGGAAGAUGUUGUUGGGAGGGAUAUGGAUAGAUUGGCUAUAAUAAGUAAACUUUUGUUGGAGAGUGGUGAAGAUAAUGUCUCAAUCAUCGCCGUUGUCGGCAUAGGAGGAUUGGGCAAAACAAUGCUUGCUAAAAGCGUUUUUAAUGAUGACCAAGUCCAAAAACAUUUUGAGUUAAAUAUGUGGGUGUGUGUCUCUGAUGAUUUUGACUUGAAACAAAUUGUUGCAAAGAUCAUUAAGGCCGCCCCAAAUGAUAAGAACUUGGAAAAUCUGGAAAUGGAACAAUUGCAAAAGAGGCUUCGAGAAGUACUUGGUGGUAAGCGAUAUUUCCUUGUACUGGAUGAUGUAUGGGAGGAAAAUCAUGCUAAGUGGUUGCAAUUAGAAGAAUUGAUACUAGAUGGUGCAAAAGGAAGUAGAGUUUUGGUUACAACUCGAAGUAAAAGGAUUGCUGAUUUUACUGCAAGCAAAGACCAGUCACAUUCAUUGGGAAGACUUGAUGAAGAUCAAUCUUGGACUUUGUUUAAAAGGGUGGCUUUUAAAAGCAGACAAGAACCGGAAAACUCUAAUCUUGUGAAGAUCGGAAGGGAGAUUGUUGGAAGGUGCAAAGGGAUCCCACUAGCAAUAAGAACAAUAGGAAAUUUUUUGUAUGGUGAAAAUUUAGAGUCAAAGUGGUUAGCCUUGAAUAAGGAAUUCUCAGAAAUACCACAGGCAGGUGAAGAGGAUAUUAUGCCCACCCUUAGAUUGAGCUAUGAUCAUCUAGCCUCCCAUUUGAAACUUUGUUUUGCCUAUUGUUGUUUAUUUCCUAAAGACUAUGAAAUUGAGGUGGAGACAUUAGUUAGGCUUUGGGUGGCACAAGGAUUUCUGAAGUUAUCAAAUACAAGUCAAGAUCAAUGUUUGGAGGAGGUGGGUUAUGAAUGUUUUAUGAAUUUAACGGAAGGAUCAUUCUUUCAAGAUGUUGAAGUAGAUCAGUGGGGCGUUAUGACACAUUGCAAGAUGCAUGAUCUCAUGCAUGAUCUUGCAAUACUUGUGUCUGGUGCAAAAUGUGUUACUUUCCAUUCACAUUGUCAAGGAAACAUCAAUGAAAAUACUCACCAUGUGUCCUUUGAACGUGAUUCGUUCUCAGUAAGUCAAACUUUGCUGGUUCAAGCAAGGAAGGUUCGAACAGUUCUUUUCCUUGACAAAUAUUGUUCCAAAGUUGAGCUAGAUGCAGUAGUAUCAAAUUUUUUGUUCACACGCUCUCUGAAUUUGAAAGGGUUGAAAACCAAUUCAUUGAAUUCAAUUGGUAGGUUGAAGCAUUUGAGAUAUUUAGGUCUUUCUUAUCAUCAACAUCUAGAGGCACUGCCGAAUUCAAUUACCAAUUUGGUGAAUUUGCAAACACUAAAGUUGAGUUAUUGCAACGAGUUUCGAGAAUUGCCUAGAGAUAUUGAAAAUCUCAUCAACCUUAGGCAUCUUGAAAUUGAUAAUUGUGAUAAAUUAGAGUAUAUGCCGAGUGGAAUAGGCCAGCUGACUAAUCUUCAAACUUUAUCGAAUUAUGUACUGAAGAAGAACAAGAAACCCGUCCUAAGAUAUGUUGGUGAGCUAAAAGAUUUGUUGAGAUUGAAUGGUUUGAGAGGCGAAUUGGAUGUUGUAAAUUUGAGCCAUAAGAAAGAUGAGGUAGAAGAAUAUGGGAGUGCAAAAUUAAAGGACAAACAAUACCUUCGAUCAUUGAGGUUGAGCUGGUAUGAUGUUGAAAUUGUUGAAGCAGAUGCCAUCAUUGGUUAUGAAAUGUCAAUGGAUGCCCUUCAGCCACACCCAAAUCUUCAAGUGUUAGAUAUAAGCAAUUAUGGGGGUGUCAGGCUCUCCAGCUGGCUCUCAUCACUUGAAAACUUGGUCGACUUAACUUUAACUGAUUGUAAGAAAUGUCAGUAUCUAGUUUCAUUGAAUCGAUUCCACGGUCUCAAGGUUUUGAAACUGCAGAGGUUGGAGUCUUUGGAGUACAUAUCCAACAAUAUUUUCAACGAAGACUUAUUUGGGACAACAAAGACAAUAUUGCCAUCUCUACGAGAACUUGAGUUGGGAUAUUUGCCUAAUCUAAAGGGAUGGUGGAGAGAGAUUGUAAUUGAUCAUUCUUUUGUUGGUGCAAAUGAAGAAGACAAACACAUGUCCUUGCCUUAUCUCCCUUCUCUUUCAACUUUAGAAAUAUGGCAUUGUCCUAAGCUGACUUGCAUGCCACUUUACCCACAUUUGGAACAUCUGACUCUGGCGAACAGCAGCUUGAAGCCAUUGGAAGAGACAUUAAGAAUGAAGAUGAUGAGUAGUAGCGCUGGAUCAAUAGUAGUAUUCCCAACAACAACAUCUUCUUUCUCUCCUCUCUCCAAAUUGAAAGAUCUAACUCUAAAAGCCAUUGAGGAUCUAGAAUGUCUUCCAGACUGGUUCGAGAGCUUUACUUCUCUCAAUAAAUUGGGUAUUAGGCAUUGCCCUAAAUUGAAGGAUCUGUGUCCAGGUAUUCUACAUCUCUCGUCACUUCGAAACCUGUGGAUUUCAAAUUGCGAGGGGUUAGCAGACAUGCUUAAUGGUGAUGAUGGCAUUAUGUGGAAAGCCCUAAAUGGAAGACUCCACUCGCUGACAUUAAUAUCGUUGCCAAAUAUAGUGACGGUUCUUCCUAAGGGUAUCCAACAUCUUACAAGUCUGCAAGAACUUGAAGUUUUAAGUAGUGAUAGCCUGACAACAAUUCCAGAGUGGAUCCACAACCUCAAAUCACUUAAGAUACUUAUGUUAAUAAUCUGCCCCAAUCUGACAUCAUUGCCUGAAGGAAUUCGAAGCCUCGCCACUUUGAACUUACUGACCAUUGUCAAAUGUCCCAUGUUAUUAAAGAGAUGCAAAAGGGAAAAUGGUGAAGAUUGGGAUAAGAUUUCUCAUAUACAACACUUGGGCUUAUAUCCAAAUCCCAACGAAGAAGAAGAUGAGAAUGCAUCGGAGAUGAAGGGAUGCAACCCCUUCAAGAAGUUUGGGCUAUAAAUGUUGCAAGGAAUCGAAGAUGAUGGGACAUACAUGAUACAUAUUUAUAGGUUGUUUUGCAGUUCUCUUCACGAGUGUUUCUUUUGUUUUGUUUCGAGCGUCAAUAUUAUCGAGUGUCAGAAUUUGUGUGGUUCCUGAUAAUUUGCUAGGUACGUACGAACCAUGUUCUGUCAUAUAAAAACAAGCGAGUAGGGCUAAGGGAACUGAAGUCUAACAGCAGUGUUCUAGGUGAUGCUGAAAUGAGAUCACCUAAUAGAGUGUAACUGAGUGGUGAAGCAAAUAAAGUGUCACAGAAGUAUGUAUCAGCUAGAAGACAGCAGGGUCAAAGUCAAAGCAUAUUAUACAGUAGCCAUGCAUUGAUACUUUGUGCUUUCUGAGUUUUGAAUCUGAGCUUAAAAGAAUACAUUGCGCUGUUAGAUUGCUAUAAAUUAAUAACUAACUUUAUCAACUCUUGAAUUCUGUAGAUGAGUAGCCAAAGACUCUAUGGAGAGAUAGAUGCUUACAAGGAAGACAACAUGGCAUAAUCUGAAGAGGGUUAACUGGACAUUGCUGAAGUAGUGCUAUUAAAUUAUUUGUGUUAAGAUUUAUGUGAAAUUUGGUCAAAGCCUAUUUCUUAAUUGAUGAUGCAAUGUAAAAAAAAAGUUCAUCUGUAUAUGGUAGUUAAUUUUGGUUUUGGAGUUGUAAAAAUAUGAUAUUAUGCUCAGCUAACAUCUGGGCAAAAUCAUGGUUUACAUAAUUAGUCUAGGAUAAUAAAAUAUCAUUCAUUUUCCUUUAA